CUUAGCGGCCGCCUCUUUCUAUCCCUUUUCAUUUUCUCCCUGACGAAAGAAAUAGACCAGCACAUCGUUCCUCUAGGCGGAAUCAUCUCCGUCAUAGCUUACCGGUUUCCUCUUCGCCGGCGUCGUCUCCCUCUACGCUCCAGGCUUCCCCCGAUCUUUGAUUCCUCCGCAAACUUCAGAACAAGCCCUUAUCCCAAUAGAAAAAGAGGCUACUUGUGACCAGCACUUCCUUCAAACUUUGCUCUCCCUCAUCCGUCGUCGAUGGUGAAAAGGAUGCCGCCAAUAGUGACUCCAUCAGAUGGAUUGCAUCUUUGGGUUAGUGUAUGAAGAUUACUUGUAGGUAGCGGCCUGUAUUGAUUUGGCUAAUCUUUGUACCGGUCAUAUUAGGAUUGAGAAUGAGAAGCCUAUUUUUUUUUUAUAUGUACGUAGCAUACACUGAUGCUUAUUUUUCUCAGUAUUUUGUAACAUCAUUAAUUCAAUU